AUACAGGGGCUACAAAGAAGUAAACAUAACCCCGGAAGUAGAUAGGCAUUCUGGGAUAUCUGGUAUUGAGAUGACGUUCGUUUGGUUGCUUUUCUCAAGCCAGUUGGCAAGCUUUAGUUAAGGAAGUCAACAACGGACGUUUGAUCACCAAUAAGUGCCAGUGAAAGGUGUGGAGACAAGGGGGGGUUCCCUCAACGUUGAAGCCGAAGAGGCCGUAUUUCUCAACUGAUUUUGUAAUUCACUUUCCAUAACAUUAUUAUCCAGCAUUUAAGUGGUAUAGUAGUUGGCAGUGGCUGUAUAACCAAAUUUGCCAAUCUAAAUAUUUUUUAUAGGUUCAACAAGACCUGCCAACAUGGUGUUAGCCGAUUUGGGAAGAAAAAUAACCUCGGCAUUGCGAUCACUGAGCAAUGCCACCAUCAUCAAUGAGGAGGUAUUAAAUGCCAUGCUGAAAGAAGUGUGUGCUGCCCUCCUGGAAGCAGAUGUCAACAUCAAGUUGGUAAAGCAGCUCAGAGAAAAUGUAAAAUCAUCCAUUGACCUGGAGGAGAUGGCCUCUGGGCUGAACAAGAGGAGAAUGAUCCAGCAUUCUGUGUUCAAGGAGCUCGUCAAGCUGGUGGAUCCAGGGGUCAAGGCUUGGACACCCACAAAGGGAAAGAACAAUGUCAUCAUGUUUGUGGGUCUUCAGGGCAGUGGGAAAACCACAACCUGUUCCAAGCUGGCGUACUACUACCAAAGAAAAGGGUGGAAAACCUGUUUGAUUUGCGCUGACACUUUCAGAGCUGGUGCCUUCGAUCAGUUGAAGCAAAAUGCAACAAAAGCCAGAAUUCCAUUCUAUGGAAGUUACACAGAGAUGGACCCUGUCGUCAUAGCUGCGGAAGGUGUGGAAAAGUUCAAAAAUGAGAGCUUUGAAAUAAUCAUUGUUGAUACCAGUGGCCGACACAAGCAAGAAGAUUCCCUUUUUGAGGAGAUGUUGCAGGUUUCCAAUGCAGUGCAACCUGACAACAUUGUCUACGUAAUGGAUGCCUCCAUUGGCCAAGCUUGUGAAGCCCAGGCGAAGGCCUUCAAAGACAAAGUAGAAGUUGCGUCCGUCAUAGUGACAAAGCUGGAUGGUCAUGCCAAAGGUGGUGGUGCUCUCAGUGCAGUUGCUGCUACUAAGAGUCCCAUCAUUUUCAUUGGUACUGGAGAACACAUUGAUGACUUAGAGCCAUUUAAGACACAACCCUUCAUCAGCAAGCUACUGGGCAUGGGAGACAUUGAAGGUUUGAUAGACAAAGUCAAUGAACUCAAGCUGGAUGACAACGAGGAGUUAAUUGACAAGCUGAAACAUGGUCAGUUCACGCUUCGUGACAUGUACGAGCAGUUUCAAAACAUCAUGAAGAUGGGACCUUUCGGACAGAUCAUGGGUAUGAUCCCAGGUUUCGGAACAGACUUCAUGAGCAAAGGCAACGAGCAGGAGUCCAUGGCUAGGUUGAAGAAACUCAUGACAAUUAUGGACAGCAUGAACGACCAAGAACUUGACAACAAAGACGGUGCAAAGCUCUUCAGCAAGGGGCCGAACCGAAUCGCCAGAGUGGCACGCGGUUCAGGGGUUGCCACCAGGGACGUCCAGGAGCUGCUCACCCAGUACACCAAGUUUGCCCAGAUGGUGAAGAAGAUGGGUGGCAUCAAGGGCCUGUUCAAAGGUGGUGAUAUGUCCAAGAAUGUCAACCCCUCUCAGAUGGCUAAGUUGAACCAACAGAUGGCAAAGAUGAUGGACCCAAGGGUUCUCCACCAUAUGGGUGGAAUGUCUGGUCUCCAGUCCAUGAUGAGACAGUUCCAACAGGGUGCAGCUGGCAACGCGAAAGGAAUGAUGGGAUUCAACAAUAUGUGAACCACUGAGCCUUAACCCCGGUUAAAUAAAAGGUUGUCAUUUGGAUUUAGCAAGAAGGAGAUGAGAGAAGAGUUAUUUUGCCUCUAAUAUAAUUAAUUAAGAUGUUUGUGUAUAAAAUUAUGCAGAGGCUUAUUUACUUAUCAGGAUACAUCAAAAGAAGUUCUGUGAUUUUUACACUAAUUGUAAAAUAGGCACAAAAGAUGCAUAAAUAAUGGGAUUAUGAAGCUUGUCCUGAGUUAUGUUCAUUAGGCACCAAACAGAAGAAAAUAGACUUCAACCGGGAGUCACUAUUGGACUUGUCCAAUAAGAUACCCUAAUUUGUGUUUUUAAUUGCAAAACAAUUUAAAAUGUUUUCCGGUGUACCCUAAUGAACCCAACCAAGAUUUGGAGAUGUUGCAAAGGAUAUGCUGAAAUUAGUUGUAAUUUUUUGGUUGUUGUCAUAAUGUAAUAAAAUUUGUAUUGCAAUGUUU